AUGACAGAUAGUCCAAAGAAAGUCAAAAUAGCAGUUGAGGGGUGUUGUCACGGCGAAUUGAACGCUAUAUACCGAUCUCUAGAUGAUUCUGUUGAUCUUCUCAUCAUUUGUGGAGAUUUCCAGGCCAUACGAAACCAGACAGAUCUAGACACCAUGAACGUGCCGAAAAAGUAUUUAAGAAUGGCAGAUUUCCACGAGUACUACAGUGGAACCAAGACGGCGCCUAUUCUCACUAUUUUCAUUGGAGGCAACCAUGAAUGUUCUUCGUAUCUCACAGAGUUGAAGUUUGGAGGAUGGGUCGCUCCCAAUAUCUACUAUCUUGGAGAAUAUGGCAGUGUAUGGUAUAGAGGGAUCCAGAUUGCAGGCUGGAGUGGUAUUUACAACCAUUGGUCAUUUCUUGACAACUUUUUGGACGACGAGUCACUUCCAUUUACUCCCAGAUCCAUACGGUCGGUGUACCAUACCAAACCUAAGAACUUCUUAAAGAUGAGUUUGAUGAACCAUGAUCUCGAUGUAGUAUUGAGCCAUGAUUGGCCCGUCGGGAUUGAAAAAUAUGGAGAUGCCCAGUGGCUUUUACGUAAGAAACAAUACUUCAAGAACGAUAUACGAGACGGCAAGCUUGGCUCACCACUAAACAAAUUCCUAUUGGGUUAUUUGAGACCGCGGUACUGGUUUUCGGGCCAUCUACAUAUCAGGUUCGAUGCCCGAGUAUCGUACCGCAAUCAAGAAAUAACGAGUCCUUAUUCAAAGGAGGAGGUGGUGAAGAGCGAUGAGAUAGAAAUAAAUAUGGAUGAUGAAGAAGAAGAUGAAGAGCCUACGAAGAACAGCGAUGAGAUUGGUGGUUUGGACAUGGAUGAUGAGAUUGAAGUUGAAGAGAGCAAAAUCACAUUCGAGGAUAAACUAUGUAUCGAUAAACGUGAGUCAGCAGUGGAUCUGAAGGGAUUUUCUUUGAUUCCGUCGAGAAAACGGUUCCCUGGUGACAAUGAUGAGACAUACUUUCUUGCCUUGGAUAAAUGCCUUCCCCAUAGAAGAUUCUUUGAAGUGAUAGAGGUGGAAGUCAAGCUGCAAAAUUUACAGCACCCCUCGGUGAAGUACGAUGGACUCUACAUGAGUCGAAGAUCCGUAGCUAUAAAUAGAGUGGUUGAGGAUUUCGUUCACAAGCACAAACAGCAAUUCAAGGAAAUCAGCUGGGCCCAGAUUUCAGACAGUCCCUCUAGAUUAACUAUAAUCAACGAGCUUCGUGAGGUGGUUCUGGCAGAAUUGAACAGUCUUAGCCGCCGGGACGAUUCUGACUUUGAGAUUCGUCACGACAGUUUCAAGAUCGUUGCUCCUAUUGAGAGUAAGAAUACGGAAGCUAUUCCUUUAAAGUAUUGGGAGAAUAACCAGACCGUAGACUACUGCGCCAAGUUUGGAAUACACUAUAGAAGUUGA